CGCCCUAUAACUUUGACCCCGCCCUCUCCGUUAGAUCCACGUGUUUCGUCACGGAAAUCGGACAGUCCGCAUUGUUGUCCUGCAGGGUACGUGUGUCCAGCGGGCUCCUCACUGAUUCCUUCUUUCUUUCUCCUCUCACAGGUUUUUCGGCACAUUUAUAACACAAGGGUAAGCCAUGCCGUCAGUCCCCUCAUCGCAAGAGACCGCCAUCAAGGCCCCCGUCAAGGCCCCCGUGUGCCCCCACGCCGCCAAGCUGCUCACCCACACCAACGGGGAGGGCAAACUCCGGGAGGGUUCCUUACCGGCGAACGGCAUCGACAAGCUUCCCCCGGCAGAGAGGAAAUGGAUUCGGCCCGACCUCCCCAGCCGCUGCACAUGGAGCCUGGGAGCCUCCAAAGCCGACUCCCCUCACACACAAGUGCCAAGAGCCGUCGCUCCGACCAUCCUCCCAAACAUCCUUGACAGGAUCGGCGACACUCCCUUGGUCCGCAUCAACAAGAUCCCCAAAGUGUUUGGACUCAAAUGUGAAUUACUGGCCAAGUGUGAGUACUUCAACGCUGGAGGCAGCGUCAAGGACCGGAUCAGCCUGCGCAUGGUGGAGGACGCUGAGAGAGCGGGGGUCCUCAAGCCUGGAGACACCAUUAUAGAGCCCACCUCUGGAAACACUGGUAUUGGUUUGGCCCUGGCUGCAGCUGUGAAAGGCUACCGCUGCAUCAUCGUCAUGCCUGAGAAGAUGAGCAUGGAGAAGGUGGAUGUCUUGAGAGCGCUUGGAGCCGAGAUCGUCCGCACACCCACCAGCGCUCGCUUCGAUUCGCCAGAGUCUCACGUGGGCGUGGCCUGGCGCCUUAAAAACGAGGUCCCUAACUCUCACAUCCUGGACCAGUACCGUAACCCCAGCAACCCUCUGGCUCACUACGACACCACGGCUGAGGAGAUCCUGGAGCAGUGUGACGGUAAACUGGACAUGCUGGUGGCAGGAGCAGGCACAGGAGGGACGAUCACAGGCAUCGCCCGCAAACUUAAAGAAAGAUGCCCCAACAUCAAAAUUGUUGGUGUUGACCCAGAGGGCUCCAUCCUGGCUGAGCCCGAGGAGCUUAACAAGACCGAUAAGACCCAGUACGAGGUGGAGGGUAUCGGGUACGACUUCAUCCCCACCGUGCUCGACAGAUCAGUAAUUGAUUCCUGGUACAAGUCAGAUGACGAGGAGUCCUUCAACAUGUCUCGCAUGCUGAUCAGAGAAGAAGGCCUGCUGUGCGGCGGCAGCUCUGGGACGGCCAUGGCGGCGGCGGUAAACGUCGCCAAAGAGCUGAAGGAGGGUCAGCGCUGCGUGGUCAUCCUGCCAGACUCCAUCCGCAACUACAUGUCCAAGUUCCUGAAUGACAAGUGGAUGGUCCAGAAGGGCUUCCUGAGCGAGGAGGACCUCAUGGUGAAAAAACCCUGGUGGUGGAACCUGAAGCUGCAGGGUUUGAACCUGUCCGCCCCCCUCACCGUCCUGCCAACCGUCACUUGUCAGAGAACCAUCAAAAUCCUUAAGGAGAAAGGCUUCGACCAGGCGCCCGUGGUCGACGAAGCCGGGUUAAUCCUGGGCAUGGUGACUUUAGGCAACAUGUUGGCCUGUAUCCUGGCGGGGAAGAUCAAGGUGUCGGACCCGGUCAGCAAAGUACUCUACAAGCAGUUCAAACAGAUCCGUCUGAUUGAUAAUUUGGGGAAGUUAUCCCGCAUUCUGGAGACUGACCACUUUGCCCUGGUGGUGCAUGAACAGAUCCAAUACUUGACGGACGGCUCUCCGAGCCUGAAGCAGAUGGUUUUCGGGGUGGUGACGGCCGUUGACCUGCUCAACUUCGUCACGGGCCGGGAAAGGAGAGAGCGAUCCAUGUCGGAGUCCACCGACGAGCUGAACUAAAACACUUGUACAUUUCUUACAGUAACAUAACAAACACAAUGACAGGUUUAAAAGACGUGUCUCAAAUAUGGCAAAAAAAAAUAAUCUUUUGAAGUUUUUGAUUGAGGUUAGCUCUUUAAAAAAAUACUUAAGCAAAGCGAUUCUUAAAGAUGCGGUGUGUAGGAUUUGGUGGCAUCUAGCGGUGAGGUUGCAGAUUGCGACACUAAGUGGCUGUGAGUCAGGUAAACAUAAGAAAAAAAAGGAACUCCCUGAUUUGUUGAGAACGGUGGGAAUGAAGUUGUACUGGGUCUCAUCGGUCUUGUCGUGUUUCCGACAACCAACGGAAACUUCUCAUGUGUGCCAAUUGUGUAGAACUACGGUGGUUUGGUUUGUCUGUUCAGGGCUACUGUAGAAACAUGGUGCUUGGCUCUGUAUGUAGAUAUAAAUGGCUCAUUUUAAGAUAACGAAAACACAACAAUCUUUAUUUUCAGGUGAUUAUACACAAAAGAAAACAUACUUUUUAAUAUUAUAUUCCAUUUCUACCAAUAGAUCCCCUUUAAUGCUACAUACUGUUCAUAAAAAGCUAAACAUUUCUUGCCUUUAUGUCAACUUGUGAUAGGGUUAGUUAUUAUUUGAACCAUUUUGUUAUUCCUUAUUAUAUUUGGUUGUAGUGCUCAAAACAAAUCUUUUGUAAGUUCGGAACUUGUUGAAAGCUUUUUGUUUUGCAUCAGAGUCUUGACUAAAGGCAUCUGUGUGUUGCUGUUUUAUUUGUCUGAAAAGUACAAGAUUGUUUCACUGUGGCCUUUUGUAUUAAUCAAAUAUAAGUAGAAUAGUAUAAAAGCCACAUUCAUCUCAUUCACCAAGAUUAGACAAGUUGACAGCUGCUGUAUAUACGCAUAUUAUCUUUCCGGUGCUGCUCGUUAUGUGCUGCUUUUUCAUUUGUGUUUGGGUACACAAAAAAAUACUUGCGGAGUGUAAUCAAAUUUCUUGAAGAAAAUCAAGUGGUGGUCUUUGUUUUUCCUUUUCUUUUCUUUUAAAAAGGUGCCUGUAAAGUUAUCUUGACUAUUUAAUCUUAGCUGCGUCUGAGAGAAACGUUUUGUAUUACAUCAUUUUUCCUUAAUGAAUGUGUAUGAUUUUAAAUAAAGUUUGAAGGAAAGAA